UACACUUGAUAGACCUACAUAAUGGCGGACGCAGCCCCAGCCCGUGGUGGAUUCCGUGGCGGUUUUGGCUCUCGUGGGGGUCGUGGUGGACGCGGUCGUGGCCGUGGACGUGGUGGCAAGGAGGACUCCAAGGAGUGGGUUCCAGUCACCAAGCUAGGUCGCCUGGUGCGCGAAGGCAAGAUCAAGUCCCUGGAGGAGAUCUACCUGUACGCGUUGCCCAUCAAAGAGUUCGAGAUCAUCGACUUCUUCCUGGGCUCGGCUCUGCGCGAUGAUGUGCUGAAGAUCAUGCCUGUGCAGAAGCAGACCCGUGCCGGUCAGUGUACCCGCUUCAAGGCCUUCGUUGCCAUCGGUGACAACAACGGUCACAUUGGCUUGGGCGUCAAGUGCAGCAAGGAAGUUGCCACCGCCAUUCGUGGCGCCAUCAUCCUCGCUAAGCUGUCCGUCGUGCCCGUGCGUCGUGGCUACUGGGGCAACAAGAUCGGCAAGCCCCACACCGUGCCCUGCAAGGUUACUGGCAAGUGCGGCUCCGUCUCAGUGCGUCUGAUUCCCGCUCCCCGCGGUACUGGCAUUGUCUCGGACUUGUGGAAGGAGAUGCCUCUGGGCUCCACUCCCUACCAGGCAUACUCUGACUUCUUGUCCAAGCCCACAGCUCGUCUGCACGCUGAUGCUGAGUGA